CGGAUCCUCUUCAGACCAACAAUAAACAAUCACUGGACUGACACUCUCUCUCUCCCCCACUCUUCCGCUCCCCAUUCAACGUUUUCACUCAUACCAGCGGUAGGAGACUCUGACCAAACGGCGAACGGAGACGGACCGAGACAGCGACGUCAAAGCAGUUUGGGUGAGUGAAACCCGGCAAAAAAUCUUGGCACUUGACGCCGUCAACUUUACCGGCUGCUCCCGGUCCCUCGCCCCCGCCACCGACACCCUCUCCCGGUCAGCCCUCCGACAACCGAAAAACACGCCUUUUAAUUGCGCGUCUUCCCUCCCGCACUCUCUCCACCCCCACCACCACUCUCUUCCCACCUUCGCACUCCAUAGCCAUUCCCGGACGGAGCAUAUGGGGGGAGAGAGAGAGAGCAGAAGUAACCGUCUCGAGAGAGAGAGCCCCGCGCUUACAGUCAUUCAUACAUAUAUGUAUGUAUCCAUAUAGAGAGAGAAAGGGCGGUUGGUGGUGAUCACUGAUCCCGAAGCAUUUUCCGGUGCGAGAAUCGGAGAAGGAGCAAAAGGCGUCGGUGGAGCUUGUCUUGUAUUCUUAACUGGUAGAGAGUCGGUCAAUGAUCCGCUGGCAUCUCCUCAUGGUCAUAACUGUCUAUGACUGCAGCUAGAAAGGGAAAAAUUACUAUGGACAGUGACAUGAGGAGAACUCCAAAUGGCAAUCAGAAGAAGCGAUCAGGAAGAACUAAUGAGAAAAACUUAAAUCGUCGCCAGGAGAAUAAUGGCACGAAGGGUGCGAAGGGAAAAGGAACUGUAUCUAAGGCUUCAGUUGCCAGAGCUGAUUCCAGCACUGUAGUAAGUGAUACAAACUUGGGCACAGAGGCCCCUGAAGUUUAUGAAGACAUGGUUAUACAUUAUAUGGAUGAUGUUAACAGGUCUGAGGAGACACGUCGCAAUGGGAAAACCUCUAUUAGUGCAUCUAAACAGAACGAUGAUGAAAAUCUGGAUGAAAACUCUCUUGAUGUGGAUAAAGAGUCUGACCAAGAUAAGGAAAAAGUGUCAGACUCUGACUCUGCUCGGGAUUCAGCAUCCUCUCAUGGUGAGGAAAAGGUACCAGGAGCAUCUGAGAGUAGUCCUGUAAAGGGCUCUUCUAAAAGUGGAGCUGAAGGGUUGGAUGGAAAAGCAGAUAUAUUGCACACCAAGGUUGUAGAAAACACUACUGAGAAAUCUAAUAAACCUUGUGGUGAGCCUUCAACUGUUUCUACAAGAAGUCCACCUGACAACAAUUUGCAAGAUAUGGGCGAUCCUGCCAAUCCUUCAUCCGAAUCUUCUGAAGGAGUUGAGCAGAAACCUGCUCAAGAUGAUAAGGAAGUUGAUGUCUUAGAUGAGGCUUCAAAUGGUACGCUAAGUGUUGGAAGUGAAGAUGAAAGAUUUGAUGCUGAAAAGAAUGGUGUACAUAAAGAUGAGGCAGAUUUGGAACAUAAGAUCGAAGAAAUGGAAACGAGAAUUGAGAAACUCGAAGAGGAAUUGAGAGAAGUUGCUGCUCUUGAAAUUUCUCUAUACUCUGUGGUACCUGAGCAUGGGAGCUCUGCACACAAGGUGCAUACACCAGCUAGGCAUCUUUCAAGACUGUAUAUUCAUGCUUGUAAACAUUGGACGCAAGACAGGAGGGGCACUAUUGCGAAGAACACUGCAUCAGGUCUCAUCCUGAUUGCUCGGUCCUGUAGCAAUGAUGUCCCAAGGUUGAAUUUCUGGUUGUCCAACACAAUUGUGUUACGGGAGAUUAUUUCUCAAGCAUUUGGAGGUUCACGUAACUCAAGUCCUUUUACGAGAUUUGCUGAGUCAAAUGGGGCUACUACAAAGAGGAGUGAAGGAAAAUAUUCCACUUUGAAAACGAAGGCGGCUUCCAACAAUAUGCCAAGAAAUGGGUUUAUGCAGGCUGUGGAUGACUGGCAAGAAACUGGAACAUUCAUUGGUGCACUUGGAAAAAUUGAAUCGUGGAUUUUCUCUCGGAUAGUUGAGUCAGUAUGGUGGCAGGCUUUGACGCCGUAUAUGCAAACUCCUGAUGGCAAUUCAAGCAGCAGUAAGAUCACUGGGAGGUUGCUCGGACCAGCUUUGGGAGAUCAGCAGCAAGGCAGCUUCUCAAUUGACUUGUGGAGAACUGCUUUUCAAGAUGCUUUACAUCAGCUUUGUCCUGUUAGAGCUGGAGGGCAUGAGUGUGGUUGCCUGCCUGUUUUGGCAAGAAUGGUCAUGAAACAGUGUGUAGCGAGACUAGAUGUGGCCAUGUUCAAUGCUAUUCUACGUGAAUCAGCCCAUGAGAUCCCAACAGACCCUGUCUCUGAUCCAAUUGUUGAUUCCAAGGUUCUGCCUAUUCCUGCUGGAGACUUGAGCUUUGGAUCUGGUGCUCAGCUGAAGAAUGCUGUCGGCAAUUGGUCUCGGUGGAUUACUGAUGCGUUUGGCAUGGAUGCUGAUGAUGCCGUUAAAGAGGAACACCAGAAUGAAAAUGAACACUGGCAGGGUGGAGAUAGUGACCCUAAAUCUUUCGUACUUCUCAAUGAAUUGAGUGAUCUUCUAAUGCUUCCAAAAGAUAUGCUUAUGGACAGGUCGAUUCGAAAGGAGGUCUGCCCAUCGAUAAGUCUGCCAUUGGUCAAAAGGAUACUAUGCAAUUUCACUCCUGACGAGUUCUGCCCCGAUGCUGUUCCGGGAGCUGUGUUGGAAGCAUUGAAUGCUGAGAGUAUUGUGGAGCGGAGGCUCUCAGGGGAGACCACCAGGAAUUUUCCUUAUACGGCAGCUGCGGUCAUUUAUUCCCCACCAUCAUCUGCUGACGUGGCCAAGAAAGUUGCGGAGGCGGGAGAGCGGUCUCCUUUAUCGAGGAGCGUGUCAACAGUGCAGAGGAAAGGAUACACCAGUGAUGAAGAACUGGAUGAUUUGGAUUCUCCUUUAACCUCCAUAAUUGAUCAGUUGCAGUCCUCUCCUACUCAUGUGUCAAAUGGAAACGAAAAUGGGAAGCACGUGGAGCAUGGUGCUCAUUCUGCCAUGAACGUGCGCUACGAGCUCCUUCGCGAGGUCUGGUCCAUGUAAUAUUAGCUCAUGUAGUACAAUUGUGUAUAUUUUCGGUUCUGAAUCUGAUGUAAAGUCAUGGAUGGUCGGGAGGAGAAUAGCUGAUACAUGUUCUGAGAGAACAGAGAAUCAAGUUUCUAUGUUAUCGUGAAUAUAUGAUGUAUGAAGAAUAUGAGUUAGUUCUUGAAUUGUAGUAUAUAUUUCGAAA